AUGGCGUUUUCUGGUGCAUUGACAAUCACAGAUCUGGAUGAUUUCCUUACCCCUUCGCAAGCUUGUAUCAUCCCUGUCAGGAAUAAGCCAUCGGUCACAGCAGAGGAAGGUUCAACUGAGAUUCAGAUUGAUUCCAAUAACAACUAUUAUGAAGUCUCCACCGAUAAUGCUGCUUCAGCAGGACCAUCUUCGUCAAGCGCUAAGAAAGCGUUAGAGAAGGCUGAAAUCAACUUGAAUGACUGUUUGGCCUGCAGUGGGUGUAUCACCUCUACAGAAUCAUUACUCAUCACUUUACAAUCACAUCUUGAAGUCCUUACUUUUAUCACUUCGAAUCCCACUUCACUUGAUCCAGAUGCCCCAUGUCACAAGCCUCGUCUACCUAUACUAUCAAUAUCUCCACAAACACUUGCAUCCCUUUCUGCAUCGUAUUCGUCUGCUCAAGCUCGCCCUACAAUUCCUCUAUUGGUGCUGUUAAGGAGAAUACGAGCUUUCUUGUCACAACCCGAAAAAGGAGGGUGGAAAGUCUGGGAUACGACCUUUGCUAGGCAUAUGAGUCUUAAGGAGACUGUGGUGGAAUAUCAUGAAAGAAAAUAUAAGAAAGACAAAGGAAAAGCAGCUGAAUUGCCUAUGCUCGCUAGCGCAUGUCCAGGUUGGGUUUGUUAUGCCGAGAAGGCCCAAGGUGAAUUGUUGCAUUUGUUGAGUGCUGCUAGAAGUAGUCAAGGAAUCAUCGGAGCACUCGCAAAGACCUGGUAUGGGCACAAGACCGCGCAUAAGCCGAAUGAGAUUUAUCAUGUCACCGCCAUGCCAUGUUAUGAUAAGAAGUUAGAAGCUUCUCGAUCAGAUUUCUACUCAUCUCUUUACUCCACUAGAGAUGUAGACUGUGUCCUUACUACUGGAGAACUAGACCUUCUUUUGCAAGAUUUGGAAUUCGAUCCUUAUCUUGCGGUAUCAAAUGAGGAUGGUUUAUCUGUGGAAGAUGGAGACAAUUCGCCUUUCCCCGAGCUGUUAAAUCAUGAAGGUUCAUCCUCCGGUUCAUAUCUCGCCACUAUCAUACGUGACAUCCAAACAAAUCAUCAUAACCCUACACGAAUUACCACGAGAGAAAUUCGCGGUUCAGACGAUAAUGUGGAAUACCUUAUUUACGAUACUAUCACCGGAGAAGCACUAUUCAAGGGAGCUAAAGUGUAUGGGUUCCGAAAUCUGCAGAAUUUGGUCAGAAAAGUAGGGAAAGAGACUGGAAUUGGUAAAGCUGGACGAAGUGGAGCAGGAGCAGGUAAACUAAGUCUAGCAGUUGCUGCUCGACGUCGUAAAGCUAAAAUGGCAAAUGGUGGAUCUACGGGAACUUCUACGCCAUUAACGGAAGGAUCCGACGCUGAAAGUAUAGUUUCCCUUUCGAUGGGCGAAGAUAAGAAAUUAGACUUUGUGGAAGUCAUGGCUUGUCCAGGUGGAUGUGUGAAUGGUGGCGGUCAAAUGAAACCCGUGUCCUCCACGAGUGUCGCAAAUGGGGAAGAUAAGAUGGAUGUUGAUGAAGAAGGUUACGAGAGACCUUUACCAGAUGAUGGUACUGAAGCUAAACCUAAAGAUGGUGGAGGAAUUGAAGAAGGCAUGAGAUGGUCAACCAAGGAAUGGGUUUCGAAGGUUGAAGAAAUCUACUGGACUGGUCUACCUACUCCACCCUCAUCACCUCCUCUGGAAGCAUCGAACAUAGAUGACUACGUCGAUUUUGGUGUAGCGACGAAGGCCAACAGCGGUGGUCACGGAAGACUGGAUGGCAACUCUCCAUUGAAACAAGCUGAUUCUCUAGUUGAAGCAAUAGUGAAAGAUGUAUGCGGGGAUGACUCGGGCAAAAGAUGGGAGUUCCUGAGGACUAGAUUUAGGAAAGUUGAAUCUGAUAUAUUGGCUCAGGGUGGAGUCACUCUUGAAGCAGUCAAGUGGUAG